AUGAUGGCUUGGCUCGUAUAUACGUUAGCGGCUUUUUAUUUAGUUCAAAUAGUGACUGCACUCGAUAAUGGAUUGGCAAGGACGCCUCCAAUGGGAUGGAACGAUUGGGAAAGGUUUCGAUGUAAUAUUGACUGCAACAACGAUCCGAAUAACUGUAUCGGAGAGAAAUUGUUUAGAGACAUGAUUGACCGAAUAGCAUCCGGUGGUUACAAAGAUGUGGGAUAUGAAUAUGUAAAUUUAGACGAUUGUUGGAUGUCACAUGAACGAGAUGAGAACAACAGACUGACAGCAAACUCAACUCGAUUUCCAAAUGGUAUAAAAUCAUUGGCUGAUUACGCUCACUCUAAAGGACUGAAGCUGGGUAUUUAUGAAGACUAUGGUCUGUUGACAUGUGCUGGAUAUCCUGGUAGUUUAAAUUACAUGGACAUAGACGCACAGACCUUCGCCGAUUGGGGAAUUGAUUAUCUUAAAUUUGAUGGAUGCAAUUCACUUCCCUGGACGAUGGAUAAAGGCUAUCCAGAGAUGACACGUGCUUUGAACAAAACUGGUCGACCAAUCUUUUAUUCUUGUGAAUGGCCACUUUAUCAACGUGCGGUAUUAAUUAAGCCAAAUUAUAAUUUGAUUCGGGAAAAUUGCAAUUUAUGGCGAAACUUCGACGAUAUUAACGACUCGUGGGACAGUGUUCUGAGUGUGAUCAAUUUCUAUACAAAUGAACAAGAUAAGUUAAUCGCUGCAGCCGGCCCUGGUGGGUGGAACGACCCGGAUAUGCUGGUUAUUGGUGACUUUGGUCUGAGUUACGAUCAGUCAAAAUCCCAGAUGGCUAUGUGGUCAAUAUUUGCUGCACCCUUAAUGAUGUCUGCCGAUCUGAGAACUAUUAGCGAUGAGGCCAAAGAGAUAUUACUCAAUAAAGAAGUCAUUGCUGUGGAUCAAGAUGCACUUGGAAAGAUGGGUAGAAGGGUCAUCUCGGUAGGCAACAUUGACGUGUGGUGCAGACCACUGGUUGACGGAUGUUACGCAGUGGUGUUUUUUAACAAAGCAGUUGGCGGUGGGCCAUCCAACGUCACGGUGACAUUGGAGGAGAUUGGCUUCACCAAGACUGUCGAGAAGUACGCCCUCAGAGAUUUGUUUCUGCAUCGCGAUUUGGGAAACUAUAACGUAAGAGGCACAUUCGUGACCUCGGUCAAUCCGACAGGUGUCGUCAUGGUGACAGCUUCACCGGUCAAAUUUUAA